AUGGGGACGAAGAGCAACACCAAUUAUUCAAUCCAAUCUGAAAAGGACAAUGCAAAUAACAAAACCAACAACAACACCACCAAUGUUGUGUUGAAUGUUUAUGAUCUCACACCUCUCAAUAAUUACUUUUAUUGGUUUGGAUUUGGAAUCUUUCACUCCGGCAUUCAAGUACAUGGUAAGGAAUAUGGAUUUGGAGCUCAUGACUUCCCAUCCAGUGGAGUAUUUGAAGUGGAGCCAAGGAAGUGCCCUGGAUUUGUAUACAGAACUUCUGUCAAUUUGGGUGAAGUAAACAUGCAUCCUUCCGAGUUUCGGACAUUUAUUGAAAACAUGGCUAGUGAGUAUCAUGGAGAUACCUAUCACCUUAUAUCUAAGAACUGCAAUCAUUUCACCGAUGAUGUCUCAUGUAGAUUGACCGGAAAACGGGUCCCAGGUUGGGUGAAUCGACUUGCUAGAUUAGGUUCCUUAUGCAGCUGUCUACUUCCUGAUAGUAUUCAAGUAACUACUGUUAAACAGCUACCUGAAUACCAUUCAGAAGAUGAAGUUACCGAUUCACUUUCAACUGCAACGCCUUGUGAAUCAAUGGAAUUAGAUGAUGACCAAGCAAAAUCGCUUUUGUCGCCUCUUGCUAGCACAGAAGAUGUUUCUUUUGUUAAAGAGACUCCAAUAAAAUGUUUGCAUAGUGUUUGAGCCUUUGAGGUUAGAAAACACUUGGGACAAUAGAGCUACUGUCUUCCCUUGAGUACUUGUCCACUUGAUUUAGAGAAAUUCUUCUUGCGCAGAAUUUCUCAAUGUUUGGUGGCUUUCUGCUCAACCUUUGUUAUUAAAGGGUUUUUGUGUGCUAGAGUCUAGUUAUGCAUUGAUGUUUGUGUAUUAAUUAAUAAUUGUACAUGAGACUUAGAUAGUA